AUGGAUCCCCCAACAACCCAACUCAUCCCCCUAACCACCAUCGUCCUCCUCCUCCCCAUCGUCCUCCUCCCUACCAUCUUCCUCUUCCACCAAAUCCGCAAAGACUACCACGCCUUUCUGGCCCUCGGCCCCGGCGGCACCCCCUCCACCCCCACCGGCUACCUCCGCAUCUGCCUGUUCCGCCUCGUCACCAUCCGCGACCCCUUCCACCCCCCGUCUCUCCCUCCCUCCCUCCUCCCCCAACAAGGUCUCCUCGCCGCGAUUCCCUACCGUUCGGGCCCGCGCCCCACCGUCGUCGGCAUCGCCCCGCAACGCCAAAUGACCCAAAAAGGCACCCAAGCCAUGUACGAGACCCUCUCGACCGAGAUCCAACGACUGGUCUCCCAACACCCGGAGACCUUAUACGAAGGGACGUCGUGUUUUGAAAAACACAGCACGGGGGUGUUUUGUACCGGUCCUGCCGCCCCCAAUCCCACCACCACCAGCAAUACCAAUACCAAUAUAACCCCAAACCGCGACAUCUCAUCCACCAUCCUCACCCACAACCACCAAUGGCGUCACCGCCGCACCUGCAACGGGGAAGUCUGCCACGCACACCCAAGCGACGGGAGUCUGCAUCUGACGCUGCAUCCAGCGGACGUGAAGCUGGUGAUUGAGCGGGGGUGGGGCCAACGACACCCGUUGACGCGCGAGAGUUGGUGGUGGUGUUAUUUGCGCACCGUGCCGACAGGGUUCGUCAUGUUGUAUGCGCCGCGGAAUCGGGACGAGUUGGAAACUGUCUUGGAGAUUAUUCGGGCCGCGGCGUGGUGGGUGAGCGGGGAGGAGUUGCCCCGGGGGGAGAGGAAGAGGGAGGGAACUGGUGCGGUGUAUCGGGGGGGUGUGCGGAUGGCUUGUGAGGGGGUGGCGAGGUAG